AUGGCCAAUAACAACAACACUGCCUCGAACAAUUAUGAUAGUGCCUGCAUGGCCUGUGAUCAUCCGGACUGGGUUGACGACAUGGUACAAUGCGAAGAAUGCGAAGGUUGGUACCAUUUUAGAUGCGUCAGUGUAACCCGGUCUGUCGAACUCCGCCACUGGGUGUGUAGCAAUUGUUUACCAAUCAGUGUCAGCAGCCAGUCAUCCCGAGCAAUCAACAGUAAGUCGCUGGCGCAGCAGCGAUUGGAGGACGAACAGCAAAUCCACCGUAAUCGAUUCCAGAAAGAAAUGGAUCUUGAGAAGGAGCUGAUUGACCGAGAGAAAAGGCGGAUAGUGGAAGAAGAAGAGAUGGAGAUGACCUUCCUUCUUGAGAAGUACGCUUUGUUGGCGGAACAAGAUGCAGACGAUGAAAAGAGCGUUGCAAGACUACCGAUAGCGAAAUACGAAAACGCUGUGCCACGCGUGCUUAUUGGCUUGGACCAAUUGAACCUGUCAAUGCCGCUGAAAUGCCGGGAAGGGCACAAAGGAGAACCAGUAGCCACAAAAACGCGACUCGGGUGGUGUGUAUACGGCGGGGGUAAUGCGAAAACCGUAGGGGUCAGUUGCCAUAUCUCGGAAGUCCAGCCAGAAACGGAUCUUCACGAGGUAGUCAAGCGAUACUUCGAGCAGGAAGAUACAGGAACUAAACCUGUCGUGGAAUUGGAAUCAGUAGAAGACACGAGAGCGAAAAAGAUUCUGGUCGACACCACGGUUCGUGUAGACGAAAGCUACCACAUGGCUCUUCGUCGAUUGGAGUGCUUAGAACGGAGAAUGUCUCGUGAACCUGCACUAAAGGAGAACGUCCUCCAACAGAUUGAGGACUACCAAGCGAAAGGUUAUGCUCAUCUUGCUACUGAGGAGGAUCUGGCAAAUGCUGACCCACGCAGAACAUGGUAUUUACCACUCGGCGUUGUGACCAAUCCCAAAAAACCUGGCAAAGUGCGAUUGAUUUGGGAUGCUGCGGCCAAAGUGGACGGCAUCUCUCUCAACAUGGUUCUCCUAAAAGGACCAGAUCUGCUGACCUGUCUUCCAGGGGUUCUUUGCCGUUUUCGAGAGAAGCCCGUGGGGGUAAGCGGAGACAUACGUGAAAUGUUUCACCAGUUCCGUAUACGACGUGCAGAUCGCCCCGCUCAAAGCUUUCUGAUGCGGAAGGAUUCUAAUAAAAAACCCGAUGUGUAUUUCAUGGACGUAGCCACCUUUGGCUCCAGCUGCUCACCGUGUAGUGCGCAGUACAUCAAGAACCGGAACGCUGAAGAAUUUGCUGUCGACUAUCCCAGGGCAGCGGAGGCGAUAAUCAAGUGCCACUAUGUGGACGACUAUCUGGAUAGCUUCGACCACAUCGAGGAUGCUCAACGAGUUGCUGCUGAGGUGAGAAUGAUCCAUGGAAAGGGUGGUUUCGAAAUCCGUCGUUGGCGGUCCAAUUCCCAGGAUGUACUCAACCAUCUAGGCGAAACGGUGUUUCCGGUAGUGAAGGACCUGAACUUGGAUAAAAGCGACGGGGUGGAAAGAGUUCUCGGUAUGCUAUGGUUCCCAAUAGAGGAUGAAUUGGGAUUCUCAACUCAAGUGCGCAAUGAUAUUGCUGCAAUCAUCGACGAAGGCAGACGACCAACCAAGCGCCAAGUUCUACGGUGUGUCAUGUCAUUAUUUGACCCCCUCGGAUUGUUGGCCGUGUACACAGUGCAUGGAAAGAUUUUGAUUCAAUCGAUAUGGCGCUCGGGAUCAGACUGGGACGAGGAAGUUGGAGAGGAAGCAUUCAACCGUUGGCUAAAAUGGAUUGGAAUCUUAAAUCAGGUGGAUGGUAUUCGCAUUCCUCGUUGUUACAUUGGUCAAACUGCUUCCACUUCAUUGCACUCCGUAGAGCUACACGUAUUUGUAGAUGCCAGCGAAGAAGCAUACAGUGCAGCAACUUAUUUCCGUUUUAUUCUUGUCGACGGGACCGUCAUCUGCAACCUAAUUUCGGCGAAGACGAAAGUAGCACCUCUCAAAACGUUAUCGAUACCUCGCCUGGAACUUCAAGCGGCCGUCCUUGGGGCUCGACUUGCGUCCUUCGUCAAAGACAGCCACACUCGAACCAUAAAUAAAAGGGUUUUUUGGUCGGAUUCUAGCACCGUCUUAGCCUGGAUUCGGUCGGACGCCCGAAGAUACCGACAAUAUGUCGCGUGCCGCAUCGGUGAGAUUCUCACGCUAUCGGAAAGCAGCGAGUGGAGAUGGGUGCCUACCAAAAUGAACAGCGCCGACGAGGCGACGAAGUGGGGGCACGGACCUUGCUUAUCGUCGGAAGGAAAAUGGUUCCGCGGCCCAGAGUUUCUACAACAACCGGAGCAGCAGUGGCCACAACAGAAUUUCAAGCAGAAAGUCUGUACAGAGGAGGAGCUUCGACCAUGUUUCGUGCACGGAGUCUUGACGUUGGAGCCUCUAGUGAAGUUUGAACGAUUUUCCCUAUGGAUGCGUCUUCUCCGAACAAUAGGCUACAUACUACGGUUCAUUCAAAAUGCUCGUAGAACUAAAGAACAGCGAGACGUAACACCGUUGAACUCCGACGAAAUUCAAAGAGCGGAAAACAUUCUUUGGCGUCGCUGUCAGGAAGAAUCCUAUCCGGACGAGAUCGCCCAACUGAAGGCGGAUAAGAAAAAUGUUGACAAAUCAUCACCAAUUUAUAAACUGUCUCCGUACAUCGAUGAGUGUGGAGUCCUAAGGCAGGAUGGGCGAAUUGGAGCGGUAGCAAACACAGGGUUCAACGUGAAGUUUCCGAUAAUCUUGCCGAAGUUACACCGAGUGACAACUCUGCUUCUGGAUUACUAUCAUCGUAAAAACCAUCAUGCGAAUCCCGAAACGGUGGUGAAUGAGGUAAGACAAAAUUUCUACAUUCCUCACCUUCGAGCAGCAGUACGGAAGACGUCACGAAUUUGUCAAAAGUGUAAGAUCUAUAAAUCACAGCCGUCCACACCAAAAAUGGCACCCCUACCAACCGCCAGAUUAGCAUCUUUUGAACGCCCUUUCUCAUACGUUGGAGUGGACUAUUUCGGUCCGAUGUUAGUGAAGGUUGGGCGCAGUCACGCAAAGCGUUGGGUGGCACUGUUUACGUGUCUCACCACUCGCGGAGUCCAUCUCGAAGUCGCGCAUAGUUUGAGUUCCGAGAGCUGCAUCACGUGCUUUCGCCGAUUCGUUGGGCGUCGAGGGGCCCCCGUGGAAGUAUAUAGUGACAAUGGAACCAACUUCCAAGGUGCUGAGAGGGAGCUUCGAAAACAGAUCGGCAACGGUCUGGCGGAAACAUUUACCAAUGCCAAUACCAAAUGGUUCUUCAACCCACCCUCAGCUCCGCAUAUGGGUGGAGCUUGGGAGAGGCUGGUUCGUUCUAUAAAAACCGCCAUAGAAAGUAUCGACACCGGAAGAAAGCUUAACGACGAAGGGUUUCAGACAUUACUAGUCGAAGCGGAAAGUAUCGUCAAUUCUAGACCGUUGACUUAUCUGCCUUUGGAGUCAGAAGAGCAGGAGGCCCUAACGCCGAAUCAUUUUCUGCUUGGAAGCUCCAGUGGGGUCAAGCAACCAGUUGCGAACCCCACGGAUCAGCGGGAGGCAGUCCUAAACAGCUGGAAGCAGAUCCAACAUCAGCUAGACAUUUUCUGGCGUCGUUGGUUGAGGGAGUAUCUGCCAACGAUUUGUAGGCGUACGAAAUGGUUCAGCGAUACCAAAAGAUCUGAAGUAGGUGACCUAGUGCUCAUUGCGGAUAGUAGCAAACGGAACAACUGGAUACGGGGACGAAUAAUGGAAGUACAGCCGGGGCCCGAUGGUCGGGUACGACGAGCUACAGUUCAGACGAGCACGGGAUUCUUAAGAAGACCAGUCAGCAAGUUGGCCGUGUUAGACGUCAGCGAUCCAAGUAAAACUGCUCCGGAUACGCAGUGUUACGGGGGCGGGAAUGUUGCCGUACAAGCUGGCAACGCUGGUUAG